AUGAAGCUACAGUUUCUCUAUGUUCUGCUAUUGCUUUGGUCGAGUAUAUUCGCUCAAAAUGAGUUCGAACAAGACCACAAUGCAGAGGUCGUUGAAAACAAUGACGAAUUUAGCCCAGGUGAAACCGAACAAAAUCCGAACGAGGCAUUUGCUGAAGUUGAUAACGACGAACACAUUAAUGUCGACACUGAUUUUGUCGAAGUUAUCGCUGAAAAUGGGAAUGAACAUAACUACAAAGCAGAAAACGUUGAUAAUAAUAUCGGCUACAGUCCAGUUGAAACCGAGCAGUAUUCUGAAGGAUUUGCUGAAAAUACUGACGAGCAAGUUGUUAGAACUGCCGCUACAGAUGUCUUAGCGCAAGGGGAUUCUGAGCAAAACUAUAAUAUAGAAAACGUUGACAACAAUGCCGUCUACGGUCGCGUUGACACAGACCAAAAUCCGAGCGAAGGGCUUACUGAAAAUGAAUUUUACAAUGGCGAACAAGUCGUUGAAACUGACGCGCCAGAAAUUCAAACACAAAACGUUAAAGACAAUGUCGUUGAAACUGAGCAAAAUUUUAACGAAGUUGCUCCACUUGAUAGCGAACAGUAUGUCGGAACUGAUCCUAUAGAAAAUUUAGCCCAAAAUGAAUUCGAAAAAGACUACAACACGGAAACAUUUGAAAACAAUGGUGUCUACAGCCCAGUUGAAACUGAGGAAAUUCCUGUCGAAGUGGAUCUUGAAAACAUUGAUCAUGACGAAAAUGAUGCUGAAACUGACGCUACGGAAAUCUCGGCUCAUGAUGAGUUGGAACAGAACUACAAUGCUGAAAACGUUGAGAACGGUGUCGUCCACAAUCCGUUAGAAACAGCGCAACAUUUUACCGAAGUGGUCCCAAAAUACGAAGUUGAUACGAACGAACACGAUGUCGGAAGUGACCGUAGAGAAAUCCAAGAUGAUUUUCAACAAGACGACAAUGGAGAAGCCAUAGAAACCAAUGUCAACAGUCCGACUGAAAUUGAGCAUGAUGAUCAUUUAGGGACUGACUUUAUCGAAAUCCUCGGUUUACCGGAAACAAUCUCAACCCCAAAUCUGCGGUCGACCAUCCGUUACAGUAUCGCUGGCCCUCGGAUAUUGGUCAUUGAAAUAUUCACAGUUGGCGUUGAUCACAUAAAGUCUGUCUUCCAUACCGAGUGGACGGAAGUACUUCACUAUGCGGGGGAAAUUAAAGCUAAACUGUUACGAGUAACUUUACCUGAUAACCUUAUUUACAAAGAAGAUAAAAUUUUGCACAUUUCUCCUGAUUUACACAGCGAAUCGUUGCUGGUUCGAGCAUACAUAGUGGACUAUGAAAACCCCUCAGUAUUACUUCUCCACGCAGAGCAUCCAGUUAAGCUGACGCCGCCCUGGAGCAGAUUGCCGAAAUACAGCAGACACUCGUGUAACUCGUGGAUAGGUAUGUUUUUUAAAAACUUAACUAAAAAUAAGAUUCCAAAAUGCCCUAAAAUUGACGACGUAGUUGAAUUACUCUCAUUCCCCGUCGCUCUUGUGGGCAACGAGCACGGUUACAGGAAAUUUUUUCAAAAGCUCCGUGAAUCUGAAGAAUUACAGAACCGUCCGUCCCAAUUUACCCUUGCAACAUGGCUGUAUCUUACUAAGCGUUGCUCAAAAGACAUGUGUCCGUUAUUGUAUCACAUCAAGGCAACUGCUUUCCAAACCCCGCUUAUUGGUUUAUUAAAAUCCGGCCAUUUACAUCUUCAAUUUCACUAUGAAGAUGGUAGUGGCUACGCUUUUCUUUUCGAUGCCCAAAUUCCUAUUCGCAAGUGGAUUCAUAUUACCGUAACAGUAAAACACACUGUGGUAUCUGUUUACGUAAGAUACGGUAAAAAUCUCGAGCAUGUUAAAACGUUUGUACAUUCGGAUUUCCCAGAUGGGUUAUAUCAUUAUAAUGAUACCGAUGGAUAUUGGGGUCUGGGAGGAUCCCCUGGGUUUAUCUCGGCGCAUGGUUUCAUCGGUUCUGCAAGAAUUUAUCGCAGACAUGUUCUAUCGCAAGAGGCAAUUGAAACAAUUUUCACUGUAGCGUCCAGGCCAUAUUUAGGAAUUGUGGACCAUUUUAAAUCGUGUCGUAAACUAAAAACGGCAGUGAAGUUUUUGUUAAGAAAAGAGAAUAAAGCCAAGAAGCAUUGCUCGUCGAGGAAUUGGUUAAAUGAUGCAAAACGUUCAUAUUGCGAUGUAGGUGUCCGCGGUUUAGCGACCGAAAUUGUUCAUAUUUUGAUCGACAUUUUGAAUAUCAAUGAAACAAGCUCGGGUGACAUGAUACAACAAAAAGUAUAUGAAUACGCUUUUAAUUUGACAAAAACAAAUGAGAACUAUGUCAAAGAUACAUUGCUCUUGUCGUAUUCGUCCUGUCUCGGGCACCCACAGUCGUUAUAUUUGCUAUCUGUGUUGUACAGAACCGGUUUAGGGGUAACUGUAAACCCAAGGAUAUCUCAGAGAUAUUUAUUACUUGGUUCCUAUUACAACCACCCAUUAUCCCAGAUGUCCCUAGCCUACAAACAUUUCAUUGGUGUAGACGGUUUGCCUAAAGAUCACGAAGUAGCGAGCACGUACUACCGUUAUGCCGCUGUACAAAGCAAUCGCGUACUAGUUGAACACAAUGAGGUCGACACGCACUCCGAGGCAGUGCGACUCGAUAAAAAGGAAGACCUAGAAAAUUACCGUGGUCCGGACUCAAACUGGUUUAGCUGGUUAAUACAUCAGGCUAAACGAGGAGUUACAGACGCACAUAGCGCGUUGGGUGAGGUGUUUUACUAUGGUUCGCGCGGAUUUCGACGCAAUCUAACCAAAGCUGCGGAAUUUUAUGAAAUGGGUGCAAACCGCGGUGAUGCACAAAUGUUGUUUAAUUUAGGCGUCGUCAAAUUACGAGGUCAAGGAGUCGCUGCAAAUGCUGAUGAAGCCCGCGACCUUUUGAAGAAAUCCGCUGAACUUGGGUUUGCUCCUGCGCACAAUGCUUUGGGGUAUUACGAGCUCAAUGUACGUCAAAAUAAGUCCGGAGCAGUUGAAUAUUUUAGAUUUGCGGCAGAACAUGAAGACAGAGAUGGUUUAUAUAACUUGGGUUUUGCUUUAGAGAAUGGUCUCGCUCCAGGUACUGUAGGAGAUCUUAAGUCAGCUAUGCCGUAUUAUAUUGGUGCCGCGAACAAAGGGCACACAGGAGCAUGCGUAGUAGCAGGUGAUGCCUUCAGCUUGGGACAACACGUUGACCGUGAUGUUAAAAUUUCUAUCAUAUAUUACAAGUUCGUUGCAGAUCAGAUCCCUGAGAUAGGUUUACACUUGAGGAGUGGUCUUGAUGGAUUCUUUGAGAAAGCUUGGUACCAGUCCUUAUUGCAUUACCUCCUCGCUGCCGAAGCCGGCAUGGAGAUUGCCCAGUACAACGCCGCGCUGCUUUGUGAAUGGGAUUGGGAACUGGUAUCACAACACACCCGAGUGGAUUGCGCGUGGCGAUAUUACAACCAUUCGGCGAAACUAGAGUGGGUACCAUCUCUUAUUAAAACUGGCGAUAACCACUGGUAUGGAAUAACAGCUGAGAAAAACAUUACCACUGCCGCACGGCUGUACAGUCAGGCAGCUACCAAAGAACAAAACCCUCAGGCGAUAUAUAAUUUAGGUUAUUUGGUGGAAAAUAAUUAUCCUUUAGAUGGGUUAGAUUGGAUCCAUUUUCAUCUUCCGAGUGUUAAUCCUGGUAAUCUUACACUAGCUGCAGCUUUAUAUAGAAAAUGUCGGGAUUCAAGUGAUGAGGCAUUAGUUCCUUGCUCACUUGGGUUAGUACGUGUUGCUGUGAAAAUGGCCUGGCAACUAGAGUUGGUGAAAAGUGAGGUAUUGUUAAUACCGUUGACUCUGUUUAUUGUUAGUCUUACUUUACUCUAUUACUUAUGCCGUUUAAUAAACAAUGAUCGUCAAAUGAUCGACCUAGCAUAA